CAGAGUAGGGCUCACAUUAAAACGCUCCGGAGUGUGUGUGUGUGUGUGUGUGUGUGUGUGCGCCUGUCUCCCUCCCUCCCUGCCUCUCUCUCUCUCUCUCUUCCUCUCCCCCCUCCCUCGCUCUCCCUGCCUCUCUCUCUUGCCUGUCCUUGGGUGAGCUCUCUGCCAGAGCGCUUUGGCUGUUGACGGAGGUGGGUGCCGCUCUCCCGGUGGAUAUACAUUUAAAUAAACUCAUCUGUGGGAGCGGAGGGCAGGGUGGAGGAAGCCAUGUCACCGCUCCGUGUCAUCUGACUUCUCCCGCGGUAUGACCGACUUCUGAGCUCUGUGUUCUCAGCACCAUGUCCGCCUCACUGCCCGACGACACAGAGAAUGUAUUCGACCUAAACGAGGCCGUCCCGGAGACAGAGCUGCUGGACAACAGCAUACAGAAGGGGCGGGCCCAGCUGUCCGUCAAGACGCGGCGACAUCGGCCCUCGCGCUCGCGGCUGCGAGACAGCAUCAGCUCGACGGAGGGAGACGAGAGCCUGGAGAGAAAGUCAUUGGACAGCCCCAUGCACUGUAUGCGCUCCCCGCUCCACUCUGCACUGCGUGGCUCCUCCCCCUCCCCCGAUUCGCUGCUGCCCUCCUCUCCCGCCCCACGGACCGCCUUCACCUUCGACACCUCCCUGGUCCGCCGCAACCCGGAUGAGGACGAGACCCCGCGCCCAGCGCCCCGAGGGCGCUACAGACAGCUCACAAACGCCUCUUCCCAGGAGGCCUUGGGCUCCUCGCCCACCAGCUCGCCAUCGAAGUCCUGCCCGAGUACGGAUAGCUCGCCUGUCUACAUCCGCCGGGCUCGCCGCCCAGAGAGUGAAGUCCUGGUUACAGAUGACAGUCAGGACACCAGUCCAGCUGAGCCGGGGAGCCCCACGGUGAUCUUCGACAAAAAGACCAAGAGGAGAUUCCUGGACCUGGGGGUCACGCUACGGCGUUCCUAUGGGAAAGUCAGGAAGGAGAAGAUCAACAGAUUCAGUAUGGGAAGCCGGGAGCCCUCCGAGAGCCCGUCUCGGUCUUCGGGGUCGUCGUUCGUGCCUUUCUCCUGGUUCACAGACACCACUCGGGGUUCGGCCUCCUCCAGCAGCACCCCCUCCUGCUCUCCCAGGACGGCCUCGCAGAGUUGCAGCCCCCGCAAGUCCAACUCCCAGGAGUCCACGCUCAGUGAAGACUUCUCCCCUCGAAGCCCGCGCGCGUCCAGCGGCUCAGCAGUGGAGUCCCGGUCCUCGCACCCGUACCACACCCUGUCCCAAUCUUCAGAUGAGCCCCUGGACGAGCCGCUGUGCUUGGUGUCAGCCUGGAGCACCCAGCAGGUGUGCCAGUGGCUGAAGGGCCUCAACAUGGAGCAGUAUAUCCAAGAAUUCACUGCCAGAGACAUUGACGGAGAACAGCUGCUGCAGAUGGACGGGACCAAGCUCAAGGGUCUGGGUGUGAGCAGCUCCUCGGACCGCAGCGCGCUGAAGCGCAGGCUGAAGGACAUGCACGCUGCAGCGGAGAAGGAGCGCAAGGCCCUGGACAAGCUUGAGAGGCAGAAGGAGAAACAGCGCAAGAAGGACCAGGAGCAGCACAGGAGCUAGGAGGCCACCAGAUGGGGCCACUGUCCCUCUAGUGCUUUUCUCAAUCUCAGUCACACGUGCGUGAAAACACACACACAGACAAUUGCGUACAGAUGCACACACACACACACACAUACCAUACACACACACAAAUGUACAUGCAAGCACACGCACAUACACAGGACACAGAAAUUCUCACUCAUCAUGAACACACUCAGACUAUAAAUCAUAAACACACUCAGACUGCAUACAUAAAUGUAAAUGCAAAGGCACACACAUGCUUAAACAUAAGGACACAGACAUUCAGAGAGAAUCACUGAAUCAUAUUACGGCACAGAUAACCCCCCCCCCCCAAGAAAAAAACAGCUUUCCUGGGCAUGUCUGAAAGCAUAACGAACUGCAGGACUUGCAAUUCUCAUUCAUAUUUGAGAAGCACAAUGUGGUGAACGACCAGAUAUCUAGAUAUUUCACUGUUUUUUCUUCAUUCUUUUCAUGUAGUGCUGGUUGCAAGCACGAAGAGUUUCUUUAAAAGGAAAAAAAACAGAUCCUGAUGAACACUACUGAAGUGGAAAUAAUGUCUUACAAAUUACUGAAAAAUGUCUUCUGAAUGAGAAAUUCUCGCUCCUAGGCUAGCAACUCAGAGGGCAGUUUGUGUGCAGGGGUAAGGGCUACUUGAAAUCCACAGAAUGGAGCAGUGGUAUUAGAGUCUAAAAUGAGAAUCCAAGAGGCACCGGGUGGAUAGAUGCUAUUAAGUGCUUCUCAAAGGAUUGUUUAACCAAACUUUAAUCCGACACCCUGUUAUUUUGAGCUAAAUGCUAAAACUGGAAUAAUUUCUUGAGGGCAUUGGAUAUCUGAGUCAGUACAACCCCCCCCUCCCCCCCCCACCGCCGAUUAAAGUUUACAGGACUGUCAGAGGUCCCAAAACUGUUUUUUUGUUACUCCUGUUGUAUGGUUGUCUUCAAGAUUUUGCUGUCGUUUUGUCCAAAAAAAAAAAAAACUGCAUUACAUAGCUCUUAACACAAGAACAAGCUGAACACAUGGCGGUGCCCUCAGUCUCUUCUCAUCUUGAACACAAACAGGCUUGAUUGGCAAGCUGAGUUCACAUUGCCUGUGUUCUGUUUUCCUCUUCUGUAAUAAGGUCAGUUUGACCUGCCAUUUUCAGGAAGACGCACAGCAAGUAUUUCUUUUGACUGAUGACACGUGAAUAACCUUUUCUGAGAGAGUAGAAUGUGAUAACUUCAGAGCGUCAGGGGCCACAGUGAAACAUUUUUCCUCUCUGCCUCUCGAUCAAUAUUUUCGCAUGCAAUAGGGAAAAGAAUGCAAACAAAUUAACUUAAUUACAGAAGGACUUUGGUGGGAGCUAGGGUUGCCAGAUUUAGAAUGUAUCAGACCUGGGCAACAUGUAAAGCUGGAAGCUUUAUCGCAAACAAGGUGGUGUGCUGUCAAAAUCAGUGGCGGACCAGGGAUGGGAGGAUGGGGGGAGGUUGACGGGGGUGGGGUCUAUCAGAACGGAUCACUGACCAGAGGGGUGGUGAUCGAGAUUCUGAUUCGUAAACAUUGUCUGUUCGGGACCACAAACCGGAAAUGUACAAAUAAUAUGACAACUGGACAUCUGGCGAUCCUAAGUCUAUUAGAACUUUAUCUGAAAAGCCCUGCACGGUCUUGAAAAUGUGGAAUCAUCCACUUAAACCGCAGCCAUUAUUUCCUGCUCUGGUUUCCUAGACUCUACGACUUCUAGCACUCAGUGCAAACCACAGCUCCAUUUAAACUGGGGACAAAACACAACAGGAAGGCGUUAUCUAUUUAUAUAUUUAUUUAUGUAUUUAUUUAUUUGCACCCACUAUCAUCCAAAACACACCCCAGUGUCAGACUAGUCUGACUAGUGUGAGCCUUACAGUAGCACAGGUUAAGCUAUCAACUCUCUCUAGACAUCAGGCAGAUUUAAUUAAUUACACCAGCGGCCAUUCUGGAAAGGGUGCUUAUUUAAGGAGGUACCCCUCCCCCAGUAGAACAAAACGAAAACACCUUUUCUGGGGAAAAAUAAGGUAUGAGAAUCUUUUGAGGAGGAAAAAUCCUUUACCCCAGGCUCAGAGUCAUCCAUAUUUCCUUCAAAGGCUUUGACCAAUCACGCUAGUGACAGAUUCUGACCAAUUGAAACAAGUGAAGAUUGAGGGAGUGGUGUGUUUUGGAUGAAAGUGAUUUCAGAACAGGAGGCACUCCGCUGUCAUUAGAGCCAGUAGGGGGCGCUAAGACCAUUCAGGCCAGAAGUGGCAGACCAGGCCUAAAAGUUCAUCUAAACUGAUCUCUACUUUCAUGACUUGCUGGCUGUGAUGUGAAUCAAGACCAGUUGCCGUGUAACUAUAACCAUGUGUCUUCCUCUUGUUUUGUAAGUAAUUAUUUAUUCUUCAUCUAUAUAAUUUGUACCAGAGUUGGGAGCUCAUUAUUAAAACAACUCAUGAAGGA